AUGAUUGGCACGGAUGAAAUGUCAUCCACUGGCAUGGACAUAAGUGAAUCCUUUCGUGCGGAGGAUCUUACAAAAACGGAUUUUUUCGAUUUCGUCACAGCGCCCGACAUGGGCAUUGGCAUCGGUGUCGGCGCAGAUGUGGUCGACAUCGGUAUGGGUGUGGGCAGUCUGCAUGCGGGCAGCGCAAGCGGCGGCACACACCAGCAGCAUCACCAACAUCAUCAACAGCAGCAGCAGCAGCAGCAACAACAACAUACACAUCACCAGCAUCACAAUAGUCACCACCAUCAGCAGCAGCAACACGCGCAUCAUCCGCAGCAACAGCAACAACAACACAGUCAUGAGCAAAGCAAUAGUUUAGCGGGAAAUAUGCCACAUGAUGGUGGUGGCGGUAAUGGUGGUGGUGGUGGCAAUAGCGGACGCGUUAGCACUCCUGGCAACACCGGCAGUUGCAUAGAUGGCUCAGAUGGUAACAGUAAUGGCAAUAGCAGUGAUCCAACUUUGCAGGGGUAUGAGUUCUGGCACACUGACAAGGAUCCGACCAGUCGCCUGGAUGCCACCAUUUUCGAGGAUCUCGAUCGCUAUUGUUGGCAGCAACAGGCCGUUUCGGCCGCAGCCGCCUCCUCUGUCGCCACAACAACAGCCACAACGCACCAGCAUCGCACAACACCCGCUAGCAGCACGCCACAUCCCUCGCACCUACACAGCCCAACGUCACCAAAUCAAACGCAACAGCCACAGCAGCAUUUGCACCACCAGCCACACCAUCAACAUCUUCACUCCCAACAACAACAACAACAACAGUCAGCUGCCGCCCAUCACCAACAACGACAAAUGUCGCUCAACAACAACAACAACAGUUCCUGUGCACAAAGUGCCAAUCAAUCAGCAAACAGCAAUGCGCCAAACAAUAGCGCUCUAAGCCACAGCCACAGCAAUAACAAUAACAUCAAUAGCAAUAGCAAUGGCAGUACCAGCAUGACAGUGGACAACGCCGAUGGUCAGAUUUACACAAUCACAGUAUUAAAUGGCAGUGAGCCAUGGCUAAAGCGAGAGCCAGAAAAUCCGGCUGGCCAAUUGUCCAGUACACUGGAUCUUGAUAGCCUGCUAGGCACCUUUCCGGGUUAUAUAAAAUCAGAGUAUCCUUAUGAUGAGAGUGCAGGUGGUUAUGGUGCAGCGGACGGUAAUGGGAGGGAUGGCAGCGGCAGCAGUGAUAUGGUGAAUGGCUUGGGCAUGGGAGCUGCUGGUGCGUCGAGUCUUCAUGGUGGUGGCAGUGGGAGUGGUGUAAAUAGUCAGCGGUUGCCUUCACUGGUGACGGCGAUAUCGAUAGCCAGUGGCAUUGGUGGGGUGGGAGGUGUGGCGAAUCCGACGCAUUCACAGUUGGCGCAAUUUCAGAAUAACAACAAUGACUGGCAUAUGGUCGAUCAUAAUGCAGAGCAGAAUUCCGCUGAGUCCUUGUUGCGAAGUGCCCUGCAAGGCAAAGGCUACUCCAAAGGGUUACACAUGCAAAAUGGUAUCUCCUUACUACCCUCAUCGCCCACAGUGAAGGAGGAAGAAAUGAGGCGGCUGCUCUUUCCACCAGAUGCGGAAUCUCUCUCUUUCGGUGAUGCCGCACUCAGCGCAGCCCAAAUGUUUGACGAUACCCAUCCUUCGCAUUUGGUGGGCAGCCAGCAUCCGAACGGCAGUCUAGGCAUGCCAGCAGGUGCCAACACCAGCCUUAUGGUCGACGAUAUGUUCCUAUCGCUAGAAAGUGCAUUCAGCGACGACUUCGAGAAGAUCAAACGCAUCGCCAACGAAGUGCAACAAUUCUGCUCACCCACUUCCAGUGGUGAUUAUGGGGGCAACGAUGUGCUGAUGCAAAUAUCGCCAGCUGCUGGCACAGGUGCGGGAAGUGCGAGCCUACAGCAAUUGCAGCAGCAACAACAACUGCAUUCGCCAGCGACAACGCCUACGGGCAUGCCGCAACAACAACUAUCACCAUUGCCACCAUCAGCUGUACCGGCGCUACACAUGCAAAACCAGCAGUCUGUCGUGCAGCAACAACAACAGCAGCAGCAGCAGCAACGUGCGCUGCAUUCACAGCAACAACAACAGCAAACCGCUUCAGGCAAGUCAACGUCCGCAACGGGCAGCAGCAGCAACGCCAGCAGCAGCACUACCAAAGUGACAAAGAAGUACAAGCGCUCGACGUCGAGUACGCAACACCACAACAACAACAAUCCGAAUCUUGUCAAUCACAAUAGCAACAACAAUAAUGCAGGUAAUAAUAACACAGGCGUUGGCAGUGGCCCCAACGCCGCCAAUGGCACAAAUGGUCCAGCGAGCGGUGGCAGCAGUUCCAGCACCAGCAGCAACAGUCCCACUCACUGUAAUGGCCAACGCAAAGAACGCUCACUACACUACUGUUCCAUCUGCUCGAAGGGUUUCAAAGACAAAUACUCGGUGAAUGUGCACAUACGUACGCACACCGGCGAGAAACCCUUCACUUGCUCACUCUGCGGCAAAAGCUUCCGCCAAAAGGCACAUCUCGCCAAGCACUACCAAACGCAUAUGGCGCAGAAGCACAACGGAGGGCUGGUGAAAGGUGGUGCCGGUAGCGGUGGUGGAGGUGGCGGUGGCAAUUCUAGCAAACAUCAGCGUGCAGCCGCAGCAGCAGCGGCGGCGGCGGCGGCAGCAGCAGCAGCUGCAGCUCAAUCGGCGAAUAGUGGCGCUGGCGGCAACAACUUAUCGCUUGUGUCCAACAGUUGCGCCGGCAGCGUAGUAGCGGCGACUGUGCAUCAACGCCAGCUGAGUGUGGCCACAUCACUGGGAUUGGCUGGCGGCGGCGCACGUGCCGUAGCCGGCAGUGUGGUGUCUUCGGUAGCUGUGGGCGGGCCACUAAGUGGACCAUCGCUCGCCGCCGUGAAUGCCAAUGUCUUACCGCCAGCGAAUGGUUUGCUAGCGAAUAGGUAA